AUGGAACCGUUCACGUUCGCCAGCUCCUCGGAGCUUCACCUUGAGCUCGCUGUGAAGGUCAACCGCCUUGAAGGAUACGAAAAGCCUUUGCCCUAUUCCACCCUCCUCAAACGACCCGACCUACGCCACAGAGGCAGCAACCUCAGCCCAAACUCCGAACUCUACGUUACCGUCCAACCGUUCACCGAUUCCAAACCGCUCACGGUUCCCUCUCAGACUCCCUACAAACACUUCAAGAAUGGACGAAUAUGGAACCAGUGGCUCAAGCUGCCUGUCUCGUAUAGCACACUGCCGGCCAACACUCAGCUGGCCAUCACCGUCUGGGAUCUGUCGCCAGUGAACCCAGGAGGUGGAGAUCGUGGUCACCAUGUGCCGUUUGGUGGUACAACAAUAUCUUUGUUUGACGAUGACUUUACUCUGAGAACGGGCAGGCAGAAGUGCAAGAUCUGGCGGCAUAAGGCAGCGGAUGGCUACUCGGACACUACAACACCAUGGCAGGAGCCAAGCAAGCGUGGCAGGCGUGGUCAGCCAGAAGAGCCAGACGUCGUCGAUGAGAAGCAGAGUCGGAGAGACGCUGAGCUAGAACGCUUGGUCGGUCUCAUGAAAAAGCAUGAGAUGGGCGAGAUACAAGAGAAUCGGUGGCUGGAUCAGAUGGUCUUUCGCCAGGUGGAGAAGCUGGAGCGACAGCAAAUCAAGGACACGACGAAGCCUCAAAUCGGAAAGCAAUGGACCGCGGAGACAAAUGGAGAUCAUAAUGGGCCACGGUGUGCUGAGGGUGAUCCAGAUCACGUUGACGGCACGUUCUUCCUGUACAUUGAAUUCCCUCGAUUCGAUCAUCCCAUCGUUUUCACGGACCACGAAUAUCCACCACCUCCAGUUUCAAGCGUUCAGAUCCAACCACAGACGAUCGCUGGAGUGAACUUCAAGCCGCCACCAGAAGUACAGCUUGGGCCCGGUAUCCAUGCGGAUGGCGGCAGCGACACUGAUGGAGGAGGCCCUCUGAUAUCCAUAUACGACCCCGAGAUUGGUUACGCCGACAACCCAGCUGAAGCGAAACAUCGACGUUUGAUUCGUGGUCAGCGGAGUGCUCUUGAUAGAGACCUGAAGCCCAACCCGAAAAUGCGCGACUUCCUCAACAAGACCAUAGCCCGCGGUCCGACUUGGGAACUGUCUGACAAGGAGAAAGAUGAAGUCUGGCGAUUCAGACAUCAUCUAACCCAUAACAAGCACGCACUCACCAAGCUGGUCAAGUCGGUGAACUGGAAUGAGCCAUCUGAGAGCCGCCAAGCUCUAGCACUGCUACCAAAGUGGGUUGAGAUUGAUGUUGACGAUGCUUUGGAGUUGCUAGGCCCAAGCAUACGAAAUCCAGGCGUUCGCGCAUUUGCUGUUGACCGACUGCGCAAAGCCGACGACGACGAGCUACUACUUUAUCUGCUGCAGCUGGUUCAAGCACUGAAGUUCGAGCCGAAGACCUCCAAAGAAGAGGACGAAACCGAUUCCUCCUUGGCAUCCUUCCUCAUCGUGCGCUCAGCAGCCAAUCUCAAGCUUGGCAACUUCCUCUAUUGGUACCUCAUGGUCGAACUGCAGCUAGAUGAGGACGUUCCAUCACAGUCGCCAGCCAAUAAGAAGCUUUUUGCCCGUGUCAGCUACGACUUCAUGAAAGAGCUUGAGAAUACACCCGAAGGCCAGGCCAGGCGAAAGACAUUGCUACGGCAAGGAGAGUUGGUGACUGUUCUUAGCAAGAUCAGUAAGGACAUACGAAACGGCAAAGGCGAUCGCGUUCGCAAGAUUGAGCAAUUGAAGAAGAUGCUGGCAGAUCCAAAGAACGACUUGCUCGUCUUCGAUCCACCACUGGCACUUCCACUCGAUCCGGAGAUCAAGGCGACUGGUGUGAUUGCCGACGACUGCAAUGUCUUCAAAUCGUCGCUGCUACCGCUUCUCAUCAACUUCAAGACGGAAGGAGGGGAGAAGUACCCCUUGCUGUUCAAGACUGGCGAUGACUUGCGCCAGGACCAGCUCGUCGUUCAGAUCAUUGCUCUGAUGGAUCGCCUACUACUGAACGAGAACCUCGACCUCAAGCUCACACCUUACCGAAUUCUUGCGACGUCCACUCUCACUGGUGCUGUGCAAUUUGUUCCUGCUACAGCACCAGUAUCGAACAUCCUUCAGGAUCCCAAGUACAAAGCCUCCAUCCUUGGCUACCUACGCGCCCACAAUCCGGCAACGCCAGGAACGCCUUCAAUUCUCGGAGUGCGGAAGGAUGCCAUGGACAACUACGUCAAGUCUGUUGCUGGCUAUUGUGUUGUGACAUACCUUCUUGGUGUAGGUGAUCGUCAUCUGGACAACCUCCUCAUCCAAGAGGAUGGACACUUCCUACACAUCGACUUCGGCUACAUCCUCGGUCGAGAUCCGAAACCCAUGGCACCGUUGAUGAAGCUCUCGCGCGAGAUGGUCGAAGGUAUGGGCGGCGCAAGCAACAACCCCGGCGAGUCGCAGUUUGAGACCUUCAGGCAGUACUGCUUCACUGCAUACACGACCCUGCGCCGCAGCAGCUCGCUGAUCUUGAACUUGUUCUCGUUGAUGCAGGAUGCUGGUAUCCCAGGCUUGGCCAUCUUUGGCGGUGAUGCUGCUGUGAGGAAGGUGGAAGAGCGCUUUAAGCUCGACGUUGGUGAAGAGGAUGCUGUGAGGUUCUUUGCGCAGAUGAUUGACAAAGAGAUGGGCGCUUGGGGGCCUGUCUUGAUCGAUAAGUUACACGGGUUCACGCAGAAUUGGAGAUCAUAA